AUGGAUACGUCAAAAGCUUCAGCUGCUCACAAGGAUCAUCAUGAAGAUGAAACAAAGGAAGAGUUUGUGAAAAAAUGCUUCACUUACAAAGAGUGUCAGCUUUUUGUUCCCAUCGAAGGUGAUGGUGGUGAGACUUUUAAAUGUGGCUGUGGUGAACUGGAACUUCAUCACUACAACGAAAAUGACACCGCCUUUGCGGAAGAAUGGUCACCUGGUUUGAUUUCAAAUCUCGGUCCAACAAAUGCCUAUGGUGUUCUGGAUUUCUAUCGAGGAAUUAAAUUUCUGAACAAAUCUGCUGAGUAUGUUCGCAUUUCCAACGAUGAUUCUUCAAGGAAUGUCAUUAAAUUAAUGGAUAAAUAUUGGCAGAUUUUUGAUGCUCAUGUUCCCGAGUUGUGCAUUUCAGUACUUGGUGACUUCGAUUCGAAGCAACUUGAUAGCAAGCAGACCGGUCCCUUCGAAAAGGGCUUAAGGAUGACAAUGCUGGCAACUAAAACUUUUACAAUAACACAUGGUCUUAAUGCCGGAAUAGCGCCUAUUGUUGGCAAAGCUGCUUCAAUGGUCGACGCUAAUCAUAUGAGGCCACAUUGUAUUGGUAUUUCACCUUGGGGCUAUGUGAGAAGUCAUUAUAACCUUGUCAGAUCCGAGCAUUGCGAUGUUAAAUCCCAUGUGGAAUAUGGAACUAGUGAUGUUGUUAAUCCAAAAGAGCCAAUAUCUUUGAACGAAGACCACACCAACUUUGUGUUGGUUGAUAACGGAAUGCGAAAUAGGUUUAAUCUCGCCGAUGUUACAAAGUUUCGUGAUGAAGUUGAGAGGUUAAUGGCAAUUUCAUCGAAAGAAGGGGGUUGUGGAAUACCUGUAAUAACCGUAGUGUAUGGCGGAGGAUUUGAUGUUGUAGAAAGCGUGUCCGAAAGAGCUGUUAACGGAAUGCCGAUUAUAAUUUGUGAGUCAACUGGAAGAGCCGCCGAUAUCUUCCAGCGGAUUAUUCAUUACAAGGCGCAGAAUCCAAGUCUUGUUAGUUUGGAAGGAUUUUCUGAAUUUCAAAUGACUGAACUCAAACGGUCAUUGAAGAAGCUCAUAAUGGAAUGCGUUGAUGAUAAAAUGCCAAACUGGACCGUGGAAUAUGGCAUUAAGCUCCUCAAAAAUGCUAUAAACAGCGCUGUCAAUUUUAAAUGCGUCAAUUUGAUUGGUGAAUAUGGCUAUUACAACCUGGACAAAGCUAUCACAGACACUUUGAUUGACCAUACAGUCGAUAAGAUAUCAGAAGUUGUAGGAGGUCAGGGUCGUGCCGUUGCAGCGUUAUUUUAUUUUUAUUUCGUAAAUAUGAUGGGGCCAGACCUUGGACGGAUUGAAAAGGCCAGAGAAGAAAGAAGAAAACAGCUCUUGAAAUGGGAUGAAUAUGAUCGUAGUUAUCAAAAUAAUUUCCACCACAGAACCAGGAAGAAGGGAUCGAAUGGUGUUAGGUUCGAAAACAACCUAGUUUUUCUUGAAGCUGCCUCUAGAGGUGAUUUAAACGAGGGUAAGUAUUACAUUCUGCUGUUUCAGAAACUGAUAGACUCAGGGAUUGAUCCAGAUGUUGCCAAUGAGGACGGACUAACGGCGCUUCAUCAGUGUUGUAUCGAUAACAAUUUGGAUAUGUGCAUCUUCCUCUUGGAAAAGAAUGCCAAUGUAAAUGCCAAAGACAACGAACAAUGGACACCCCUACAUGCUGCCGCUACUUGUGGAAAUAAAGAACUCUGUGGUAUUCUCAUUGAUUGGGGUGCAGAACUCCUAGCCUUGAAUAUCGAUGGAAAUAUGCCCUACGACCUUUGUGAUGAUGAUGAUACUCUACUUUUUGUUGAAACAGAAAUGGCUAAACGACGUAGGUCCUUUUGUUAUCAUUUGCCUUUUUUUUAA